UUAUCAUUUUUGUCGGUGAAUCACCGAAAUGUUUCACAAAGACAUUGCACAAAUAAACUUGACUCAAACAUCGUUUUUACUCAUUUCAUCACAAUCAGUGCUUGAUCCGUACAAAUUGGCACAAGUCAAGGAGUGUAAUCUGCAUUCAAAUUUUAAAUCAGAGAGGAAAAAAUGAUAUACCUUGCAGAAUCGAGAAAAGGAGACAAGAAAAGCAGUUUUCUGAUUUGUUUCCGUAAUACGGAAGAGUUGGUACAAAUACAAGAUUCUUGUGAUUCUAAAGACAUUGAAAUUUCUAACGAGAAUGUUGCACCGGAUUCAGGAAAUACCAAUGGUACUGAAGAAUGUGCAAAUAUACAAACAUCAAAAAACACUAAUGAAUUACAUGACAAAGAUAUUUCACAAUCUAACUGUACAAGAGAUUCCAAACAUGGGAAUGAGACAAAUGACCAAAUCGGAGAAAACAUUUUAAAAGAUGACUUACAAUCAAAAAAGUCAGAAAAUAUCAAAGAUUUAAAUGGUGAUGCCACAACAUUGCAAAAUGAAAACAACGAACCAAACACAUGGGAUGAUUAUGAUUGUUAUAAAAUAUCACAAGAAAACUUCUUUCCAGCCAAAGUUAUGGAUUUAGAUACACAGAAGAUUAUUAUUACUAGAUUCUUAAACUUUUAUGUGGGAGGGAAGGUUCCUAAAGGUUUACGCGCUUCCGAUUUACUUUUCGCAGUAAUAUCUAUUAUUCCACUAACUGCUGACACUGAUGAACUUAUCUGGCAUGAAAAUGAGUAUAGUGAUGAUGGUUCUCUGUUUUUCAUGACACCAGAAGAAAAACUUAACAAAGAAUUUAAAGCUAUUGUGACAAGAGCUAAUAAAACCUGCACCGACACAACAAAAAAAAAUAACAGUAGUAUUAUUGAAUCAAAUUUAAAAACAAAUAAAUCCAGUGAUAAUCAGAAUGAAGACAAUCCAGGUGCACCAGCAUGUGAUAAUGGACAAACAUCUAGUUGUCAAGAACAAAAUAUGGGCACUAAUGAUAUCAACUCUGAUGACAAAAAGCAGACACCUUCUGAUGACAAGGAUGAUGGUGAUGCUUUACAAUCUUUUAUUACUGAUGUUACAGACAACAUGUCAAUAAAAUGGGUUGGAUCAACAAGGUCAGCAUCAACUUCUGAACCCUCGUCAAUGCAAUAUGGUCCAUUAGAAAACUCAGCGUUCAUCUCUUCAUGCAAUAAAAUACUCAUAGAAUGGGACGAAUCACAAGAGUCCAGAGUGUUAAUCAAAUGUUUUUUUGGUAUUGUCGCUUUAAUACUGAUGAGAGGAAUUGUUAAGGGUAAAAAGAAUAUAAUCAAUACAUUUAAGAGUAAAAAUUUUCUUCAUAAAAUAAGAUUUAUAGACCCUCUUAUAAAGUAUACAGCGCCACAUGAGAGUUGCGUUGAGAAAUGUUGCAAAGAAAUGAUGCUUAGAGAGAGGCAUCAUAAAGUGAUGUUUGCUAAAAUAAUAUUUAACUCAAUCCGUAUAGAUAUUUUACAAAAAGAACAUUGUAUCUUAAUCUAUCAUGGAUUGUAUAAUAUAUUUAAAAUGUGCGUAGUUGACCACACAGCAUAUUAUGACAUGGGUAUUAUAAACCUGUUGAAGUCCAUCUAUAGGUAUGUUGGUCCCGGUCCGGAGUUUUCAAUUAUUUUGAGAGAUUUAAAAUCAGAAGACAUCAAUGAAUGUAUGAUGCAAGUUAGGAAUUUCAGGCUAAAAUACAUGAAAAAGGAAAAAUGUUUCACGUAUCACUGGGCGCGUUAUUUUGAUUCGACACAAUUUGAAUAUUUGUCUUGUAGAGAGAGCUACGCAACCGCUGUGAUGCUAGCUGUGUUUUUAGAGAAAAUGAUGGGCAGUUCUGAUGUGUGGCGCUCUGGCUGGGUGAGGACGCAGGAGGUUGAUCUUGACAGAUACAAACAACAUGCAGAACAGCUGUAUAAGCAAUACAAACGCUUAUGCAGAGAAAAGUGUAAAUUACAGCAACAAUUGUUUGCAAUCAAAUAAAACAUAAUACAUAUACGAAAUGUAGAUUUACCUCAGAUUUCAGAGACAUCAAUAGUAAAAUUGAAUCAAAUGUCAUGACAUGAAACUAUCUGAUUCAAAUUAUGACAGUUCAUCCAUCCCAUAGUUAACUCUUAAUUAAUCACCUCUACACUAGAUAAAAACAAAAGAAAAUCUAUUUUUAAAGUUAUUAAGUGCAAUGAUAGCACUGUCUACCCUUUUUAUUUUUGCUUGUUUGUUCAUAUUAAGGUAAAAGUUUAUAUUCUUAGGUUAGGUAUAUAACUGUGUUGGUGAUAGAUCAUUUGUAAACUAAACAAUAUAAUUUAGGAUAUGUUAUUGUAAGAAAUAAAUUUUUAAGGGUUUUAAAAGGACUGGGAGUGUGUAAAAAAACAAAUAGGAUAUGGAUACUGUGAGUUUAUCGUGAAUAUUUGUUAGAAUAUUUUCAUAAAGUAAUUGACGAAAAUACUACUGGGAGUAAAGUAAACCAACAAACCUCUGAUGACUAUGAUUACAUACUCUCAACUAUAUUCUUGAUAGAAGUUAUGAAUUAUACUAGUCUAGUUUCCGAAUUCAUCUGUUAUUUAGAUUGCAAAUUGGUUUUAUUCAACAAUAAAUGAAUAUUCAGUAA